ACCAAAUUCUUUCAAUUAAGUUUUCGCUCAUCCAGGGUCGGAAAUAAAUCAUUUUUCUCUUCACUGCUGAGGAUUACUUUCAUGUUUCAGCUAAUAUGGCGUCGGGCCUUUUUUCUCUCUCCGGAUCACUUUCCUCUUUCUUCCCCGCACCGGUCGCUUUUCUCACACAACUCACUAUCUCGUCAGCUGCUGUAGGGCUCACACCUGCCUACUCUUUCAUACGCCUCGCCUCUCUCCCGUUAAUCUCAGCAUGCGUCUACUCCAUUUUGCACGUUGCCAAGUUGCAGAUGCGGCCACGCUGGGCCUCAUUAAUUGGCGGCGCAAGCUUCAUGUUCCUGCUACAGUAUCUGGACUUAGCGCUAGUGAAUCAAUGGAACUCGGACGAUUUGGGGCCAGUAUUGCCCAAAGAUCAUGCUAUGAGAGAGAAAUAUGAGAAACGGGAAGGAUCUAACGAAAUCCAUGCGACAAAUGACAGUGUGUGGUCGAAAUUCUGCUGGGCAUGGAGCAGUAUGUUCGCUUUAAGACACGUCAAUACUAAGUACGAAGCCCGAAAUACGCCUGUAUUUAAAGAUUCGGAUCCGAGCUUCGUUCCCUCCAAGGGUGCCUUUUUGAUCAGAGAAAGUACAAUUGCUCUUAUCUGCUACCUCUUGCUCGACCUCAUGUCACAGCGUCCACCCUCGCCUAAUGCCCCGCAGCUUUUUGACGAAGCCCUAAUCCCCGUAUUUCGAAGGCUGAGUGAGGUAACGCUGCCACAACUCCGACUUCGUGCAUUGAGUAUCGCCGGCUUUGCCGUAACCUUCUGGGCUCUGAUACGAGGCUAUUCGGCUGCGGCAGGGGUAGUAACGGUGGCACUCGGUGUUAACGAGCCACGAGACUGGCGGCCGCAAUUUGGCAGCUUAAAACUGGCGUAUAGUUUGCGGAACUUCUGGGGGUUAGUUUUAUUUUUAUAUCACUUUGAAGUGUCUUAUAGCUGACAGCGGAACAGGAAGGUUUGGCAUCAAAACCUACGCAGCCUACUUACUGGCCCUGCUGCAAAGAUCACAUACGAUGUGCUUCAUUUAUCGAGGGGAUCGGUUCCAGCACGCCUCUGUAGCUUGUUUAUCACCUUUUUUCUCUCCGGUGUAAUGCACUCGUGUGCUGGUAUCGCUGCGGGAAUGUCGCCCAAGCAGCUUAAUGUGGUACAUUUCUUCGUCACACAGGCGCUAGGUAUAGUGGUGGAAGAUUUUGUGUCUCUAGCUUUCUCUAAGAUGAUGGGCCAGAAGGAUAAAAAGAAGAAGACUGGGCCUCCUUCGCUUGCUCAAAGACUUAUCGGAUACCUUUGGGUAGCUGCAUUCAUGACUUGGUCCGGACCGGUAUGGUUAUAUCCCCAAGCAUCAAGACCGGUACUUCCAGGAACAAAUAGCAGUUUUUUGCCCUAUAGCAUUAUAAGAGCCUGGAAGAUGGGGGAUUUACGUGCAGGCUAGAAGGACGUUGUAAUCCGUUGAUUUCAUUGGCUCACAUAGCACUGCUUAGAGUAACUUCAACACCAAUUUCUAUGGAUAGUUUGACAAACAAGUGACAAUGUGUUUCGGAGUCUUG